AUGGCGAAAAUGGGUAUGGGGGAGAAGAGUCCGAGGAGUUUCCAAUUACACCAUCGUGAUGGGAAGAAGCAGGAGUUCAGAGGGGUACCAAAAGGGUGCAUGGCAAUCAAAGUUGGUCAAGGGGAAGAGCAACAAAGGUUCGUGGUGCCUGUCAUGUACAUCAACCACCCUCUCUUCAUGCAGCUUCUCAAGGAGGCAGAGGAAGAAUACGGUUUCGACCAGAAGGGAACCAUAACCAUCCCUUGCCACGUUGAGGAAUUCAGAAACGUUCGGGGCUUAAUUGAUAGGGACAAGUCCCUUCACCACCACCACCACCAUGUUGGUUGCUUUGGCUUCUGA